UUUCAUAGCUAAUCUACAGUAGAGGCACCAAGUGCCCGAGUCGCUCAGACAUGGACGAGCAGGACACCGCAGCGAUCCUCCCGGGAGAUCUCAGCGCCGACUCUGACGGCGGGGAGGCUGGCGCGUGCGCUGCAGGAAGAUCACCGUGCCCGGUGUCCGUGGAGCCGGUGCUGUUCCUCUCCAUGUUCUCCGUGGCCCUGCAGACUCCCCUGUCCACGCAGUACCUGUGGGACCGCAUCAGCCAGGACCUGGGCUACAAUGGCUCCAAGAGUUCGGACUGCGGGAACAGCUCGGCUCCUCCGGACCCGCUGCAGAAGGAAGUGCAAACUUUGACGGCCCACUGGAACCUGUACAUCAAUCUGGGGGGCUUUUUGGUUGGAAUAAUGGUGGUGCCCUUCUUGGGUUCGUGGAGCGACGUCGCAGGUCGCAGACUUGUCCUCAUCCUCUCCAACCUCGGCAUGGCGCUGCAGGUGGGGGUCUACCUCGUGGUGAUGUACCUCCAGCUUCCUGUGGUCUACUUCUUAGUGGGCCGGCUGCUGAGCGGCCUCUCGGGGGAGUUUAACGCCGUGCUGGCUGGCUGCUUCGCCUACGUGGCCGACGUCAGCGACAAGAGGUCCCGCACCUUCAGGGUGGCGGUUUUAGAAGCCUGCCUGGGUGUGUCGGGGAUGUUCGCCAGCAUCAUCGGAGGCCAGUGGAGGCGGGCACAAGGUUACAUCAACCCUUUCUGGCUGGUCCUGGCCACCAACUUGGCCUCAGCUCUGUACGCCUACCUCUUCGUUCGUGAGUCCGUCCAUCCAGACCCAAGCGCCAAGCUCCUCACCACUCGCCACCAUAAAGCCGUGUGGAAGCUGUACUCGACGGGAGGUGGCAGCGGAGGCGGGCGGUUUCACCGAUGCAAGCUGUGGCUCUACACUCUGUGCUUCUUCCUGGUGGUGACGGUUCACCAGGGCAGCAGGGAGCUGUACGUGCUGUACGAGCUGAGCUCCCCGCUGUGCUGGGGCUCGGCCCUCAUCGGCUAUGGGUCGGCGGCGCAGCACCUGGCUUACCUGAGCAGUCUGCUGGGGCUGAAGGUCAUGCAGCGCUGCCUGGAGGACUCCUGGGUGGCUCUCGUGGGUCUGGCCUCAAAUAUACUCGGACUGGUGGUGUUUUCUGUCGCUGACACCACCCCGCUCAUGUUCACAGGUUACGGUUUGUGUUUCCUCUUCAUGGCUGCGACUCCUGUCCUCAGGUCAAAGCUGUCCAAGUUGGUGGACCCAUCAGAGCAAGGCGCCCUGUUUGCCUCUGUGGCCUGUGUGGAGGGCUUAUGUUACCUGGUGGGCAGCAGCCUCUUUAACUCGCUCUACCCUGUCUCCCUGCACUUCAUGAAGGGCUUCCCUUUCCUUUUUGCUGCCGUCGUCCUCUUCAUCCCUGCUGGAAUCAUCGGGGCUCUGCAGUGUUUCGACCAGAGAAGAGACCCCUCAGGGUCCUGACGGAGCAGACUUUUUUAACGUAUAUGAGGAAAGGUGCGGAGCAAAAAGGGAUUCUUCCAUCCAGGGACGCUAAAACUAUCAAGACUGAAGAACGACUGAACCAGCUCAGGGCUCGUUCCACC